AUGUCAUCUCAAGCAAACUCAUCCUCAUGGACUUCUUUUUUGAAGUCAGUUACUUCUUUCAAUGGUGACCUUUCAUCCUUAACAGCUCCACCAUUUAUUCUGUCUCCAAUUUCAUUAUCAGAAUUUUCACAAUAUUGGGCUGAACACCCGGACUUAUUCUUAGAACCAUCAUUCGUCAAUGCCGAUAACUUCAAGGAACAUUUUGUCGAAGAUCCAGAAGUGGAAUCUGCUGAAAUUGUAAGAAUGAUAUGCGUUGUUAGAUGGUUUAUUGCUACUUUAAGAUCUCAAUACUGUACCCGUAAUGAAUCUACUGGUUCAGAAAAGAAACCAUUGAACCCAUUUUUAGGUGAACUUUUCGUUGGUAAGUGGGAAAGUAAAGAAAAUGAAAAUUUUGGUGAAACUAUCUUAUUGAGUGAACAAGUAUCACAUCACCCACCAAUGACUGCAUACACUAUUUUCAACGAUAAGAAUGAGGUCAGGCUAGAGGGUUAUAACCAAGUCAAGGCAUCUUUUGGUAAAUCAUUGACCUUAUCUGUCAAACAAUUGGGUCAUGCUAUAUUGAAUGUUAAAGACGAAUCAUAUCUAAUCACUUUACCACCUUUACAUCUUGAGGGUUUAUUAGUUGCCGCCCCAUUUGUAGAAUUAGAAGGUAGAUCUUACAUCCAAUCUUCAACAGGUCUACACUGUGUUAUUGAAUAUUCUGGUAAAGGUUACUUCUCCGGUAAGAGUAAUUCUUUUAAAGCAAGAAUUUUUAAGACUGCAGAAGAUGCCAAGGAUAAAGAAUCCGCUUUAUACACAAUUUCUGGCCAAUGGUCUGGAACCUCCAAGAUUUCUAAAGGUAAGACUGAACUUGGUACAUUCCAUGAUGCUAAGGAAGCUGCUCCUGAACACUUAACUGUCAAACCAAUUGAAGAUCAACACCCAUUAGAAAGUAGAAAAGCUUGGAAGGAUGUUGCUGAUGCAAUUACUCAAGGUGACAUGACUUUGAUUGCUCAAACUAAGAGUACAUUGGAAGAAAGUCAAAGAGAAUUAAGAAAACAAGAAGAAGAAAAAGGUAUUGAUUGGGAAAGAAGAUGGUUUAAAGAUAUUAAUUAUGAUGCAUCUACUGAGGAUGAAAAUACAAAUAUACCCCAAGAAAAUGAUAUAUUCACCAAAUUAGCAGAAAAUUUCAAUUUAUCCACUAAAAACGUUGCCAGUGGUACCUUAGUCGGCGAGAAGGACGAUAAAAAGGAAGGUGCUACUUCUAUACAUUGGAGAUUCCAAAGGGACUUGUGGGAUGCUGAAAAGGAAGUUGUUGUAUGA